AUGACGUCUACAUCUGCGCCUAGCCAUCACCCUUCUACGUCUACGGCCGCCGAGUUCCCGCCCACUCAAACAACCCCCUCAUCUGGGAUCGAUCCGAAUACGAGCCUCGCGACAAGUGGAUAUGCGCCAAAUGAAAAUCAGCUCGCAGGGCUGGUGGAGGCUGCCACCGCAGCAGCCGGCCAGGACGUAUCGGAGUGGGCGGCAGCGGAAGCAAUUGCUGCAGCCGCAGGUGCAACUGGACAUCAACAUCAUAUGGGGGGCUAUGGGUCUGAAAUACACAUGGACGACAACGGCUUUGGAGAUUCGGGUUUCGGGUCAGGCAUGGGCUCCGGACGACACUUGCGUGUGCCAGGUUUAGCUACAACGAAUGACCAGAGCCAGUCUUCUGGCUUGUCCAGAACCGUAUCAAAGAAAAGGAAGAGAGGCGAUGACCCGUUGGACCCUGCUUUAGCAGCUUCUGGAACCGGUAUCGGUCACAACCAGCAACCGCAUCAACAUCAUCCACACCAUUUCGGUGGCGACAGUUUGGAUAUUCGGUCUGCACCACCCCAGUCACUAUCUGACGCUCGUGCUGUUGGUCUACAUUCCGCCGCUGCUCUAUUUCGUCAGCCAUCGAGCAACAAAAAGUACACCCGCCCGCCAAUGUCUAAACUCUUCGCGUCCCUAGAAUUAUCGCCCGAGAACUUUCUACACCUACAAGCCGCGGCGAAGGCAUAUAUGCUCGAUGACAAACACCCAGAGCGGCGUGAAUGUGUUGGACAGCGUGGCAAAGGUGACACAGAGAUGGUCAAGUUAAGAUUAUGGAACUGUGUGCGUCAUUUUUUGGAAGCCGAGGGCCAUGGUGAGCGGUUCUUUGGGGAAAAUGUAGUCAACGAGGACAUGGGCCCUCGAACCUACGUAUGGCCCCGAGAUCAACAGAAAAUCAUCUCCCUGGUUAUCCCGUUGCUGAGGAGAAUGGUCACCAACGAACGGCAACGGCAAUAUGCAGUCGAGACGCGGAAAGGAGGUGGAACGGAGGAGCGGAGACGACGAAAGACAGAGGAGAGUAUUCAGAACUUCAACAGCACCAGUCCUCCGAAGUUUCCUGUGGAUGAGCAACUGCAGAUGCAUGCGCAACAUCACCUCCCCGAGGGAUACACGUCGACGCAGCCUCCAAUGUUAGCAACGCAACCCUUGGGGUCAACGUCGCAAGAUAUAGAGUUAGGGUUGACGGAUCUUUUCCUUGACGGGUAUUCGUCGGACGUGAAUGCGAUUACCAAGUCGUACGACAUGUACAACCAACAUUAUGAACUUGACAACCUGUGGUACCUUUCGGGCCUUCAACAACCAGAUUGGCGGGGACUAGUUGCUGCUGUUGACAGCCACUACCAAAUCCUCCACAAUGGUGGAUAUGAUUGUCCAACCCCCUGUGAAGAUGAAAAUGUCAAUCGUAUACUGAAUUCAAACGUCACAUCGGAUCUGCGAUGGCGAAUCGGCGGGAAUCACGACCGGCCCGCCAGGAAUGAAUUUGCAAGCAGCAUCACCCGUGACAUCUCACGAAUUAUUCGUGAUACUUUGGCUGGCAAGCAAGAGGAACAUCCACCCGUCCCGCAGCCUCUGCCUAUCCCGCCGCCAAAUUUCCCUCCCUUGUCGGGAGUCGCAAAUGCCGAGUACUCUGGGACGGCCGCCUCUCAGCCCCCCAUUUCAUUGCGAAUCAAUGUCCUGCAAGGUGGCAAGCGCAUACUUCCCCGGUAUGACUUACCUGCAGGGCAAACGCCGGAUCUUGAGACCCUCAAACAGCUCAUUAUACGACGAUUCCCUGGCCAGUUACCCGGUAUCUCGUCCAGCUCCGCUAUGGAUCCUACAGGAGGCCACUGGGGUUCGUCCGCUCAGUGGAGGGUUAAGGUCUGGCUUCCGGAUGGGCUUACAUCCGUGCAAAAUGAUGGUGAAUGGACGAUUGCGCUCUUGUCUGCUGGAAAUGUAGACUGGAUGGAUGGUGAUUUGAGAGUCCUUGUCGAGCUUGAAGGUUCCUCUUGA